AUGAAUUGGUUAGUGUUGUGUGCUUGCCUGUUCGCAGGUGUGGCGGCCAACCUUGUCGAGCACAAUGCUACUCCACCUAAAAUAGCGGAUGCUACAUUCCUACAAAAACAAGUUGACCUUCUGUCCUUAUAUUUUCAUAUAAACGAACCCCUUCAAGAACCCAAACUAAAAGCCAUUGCGCAGUCAUGGUCUUUAACAAAUAAUAUAGACAAAUACAGUAAUGUCACCGCAAUAAAAGUGUACUCAAAUCUCAUCGAUUAUGGCAUGCUACUACCACGAUCGGUGCCAUUCCUUAUCCUGGAUCCAACUCACCAAUUUGAAGCGGUCACAUUGUUCAACGUCCUUCAAUCCGCUAAGGAUUACCAAACUUUAUACAAUACAGCUGUCCACCUACGAGAUAUCGUUAAUGAAGGACUUUUUGUUUAUGUCAUGGCUGCAGCUACAGUGCAUCAUCCAGAAACCCAAGGAAUUAUUGUCCCACCUUUGUAUGAAGUCUUCCCAUCGUACUACCAUAACGCUGAAGUCAUGAACAUUGCACAUAGGGUUAACACACAUGGUAAACGUUUGGUUGAUCAUUAUCCUCAAACCUUUGCAUGGGAAGACAAUAUGGUUAUUCGAUGGAACACAACAGUGUGGCCUUACCUUGGUAACAGCGAUAUUUCGACCUUCUAUUACUCUCAAGACUAUGCCUUGAACACACUUUACUAUAACAACCAUUUGACAUACCCAUUCUGGCUUAGCGGUCAUAAUGGUCCACUGAUGAAGUAUAAGCGAGGUGAAUAUUUCUGGUUUUUCAACAAACAAUUGACCAACCGAUACUAUUUCGAAAGAUUGUCCAAUGGUUUGAGCGAAAUUCCUGAGAUUGGCUCUGAUUUCGUGGAUGAAGGAUUUGCGAGUGGGCUUGUUUAUCAAAAUGGUAUUCCAUUCCCUAUCAGACCCGAUGAACUUCGUAUUGAUCAACCCAAAUACUCGGAACUUCUUGAGAAAAUAAAGACAUAUGAACGCCGUAUUAGAGAUGCUAUUGAACUUGGCCAUGUGGUUUCAGUCUCUGGAGAGAAGAUUAAUUUAAGAACGCCUGAAGCUAUAAAUGUUCUCGGCAACAUUAUUGAAGGCAACGUUGAUUCACCAAAUUUAGAUUUCUAUGGUAGUCUUAUUAACACCUGGAAGAGCCUCCUCGGAAACUCCAUCAUUCAAGGACAUGUCUUCCACAAACAGCACGUCCCCCUCGUCAUACCAGCAGCUAUCGAGAACUACCAGACUUGCAUGAGGGACCCAGCCUUCUACAUGAUCUGGAAGCGAGCGCUGAACUUCUUCACUCUCUGGUCAUCGUACCUGCCUUCUCACUCAGAGGAGAUCCUGUCAGUCCCAACAGUUGUAAUCAAGAAAGUGGAGUCUGACAAGCUCGUCACAUACUUCGAGCAUAAGUACUUGAAUGUGACGAAUGCAUUGUACUUAAAUGAACGUGAAAGUAAGGUGGUAGAAGAUGAGAUCAGCGUUUUAGUCCAACAACCACAACUCACGAACAAGAUCUUCACCAUCCGAGUACACGUCAAGAGCGACGUUGCCAAGAAGGUGGUCGUACGAUUUUUCCUCGCACCGAAAUAUGACAGCAAUGGCUACGAGAUACCAUUACACCUGAACACGGAGAACGUCUUCCAAUUGGAUCAAUUCGUUUAUCAAUUGCCAGAAGGAGAGCAUGUUAUCAAACGUGAGUCUACUGGAAAUAUGUACACCAUUGACCAGUGGUACUCCAGCUACGAGGUCUACUUGAAGGCGCUCAAUGCAUUACAAGGAAAGGGUCAAUUUGUCAUUGACAUGACGCAGUUCUUCGUUGGAUACCCACGUAGACUGAUGUUGCCUAAGGGGCGUGUCGGUGGUAUGCCUUUCAAUUUAUUCGUGCAUAUUUCGGACUACGUGGCACCUGAGACACCAUAUGGCGAGGGUGUGAACCCUGAGCAGACCUUUGGCAUUGGAACUGGAGCAAGACGCAUGACAGGCUAUCCACUUGGCUUCCCCUUCGACAGACCUCUCCAUCAGUACCAAGUAGAAACAUUAACCAACUUCCACGUCCACGAUGUACUUAUACACCACAAACCAACCCCGGAAAUUGUUGUACCCCAGUAA